ACGUGACGUUUCUCCCCCGACAGAGGAGCCUUCUCCCAGGUGCGUCUGGCGGAGGUGAAGGACGACCCGUCUCACAUGGUGGCCAUCAAGAUCAUCGAUAAGAAGGCACUCAAAGGCAAGGAGGAUUCCCUGGAGAACGAGAUCAAGGUUCUACGAAGGCUAACGCAUCCGAACAUAGUUCAGCUCUUAGAAACGUUUGAAGAUAAACACAAAGUCUAUUUGGUAAUGGAAUUAGUAACUGGCGGUGAACUGUUUGAUAGAAUUGUUGAAAAAGGGUCAUAUACAGAGAAAGAUGCUUCACAUCUCAUACGACAAGUAUUAGAGGCUGUUGAUUAUAUGCAUGACCAGGGUGUUGUUCAUCGAGAUCUAAAGCCUGAAAAUUUGCUCUACUACAGUCAAGAUGAAGAUAGCAAAAUUAUGAUCAGUGAUUUUGGGCUCAGUAAGAUGGAAGACUCGGGCAUCAUGGCAACAGCAUGUGGCACACCUGGUUAUGUUGCUCCAGAAGUCUUGGCACAGAAACCUUAUGGGAAAGCAGUAGAUGUAUGGAGUAUAGGUGUAAUUGCAUAUAUUCUUCUAUGUGGUUACCCUCCAUUCUAUGAUGAGAAUGAUGCAAAUCUUUUUGCACAGAUUCUUAAAGGUGAAUUUGAAUUUGAUUCUCCUUAUUGGGAUGAGAUCAGUGAUUCUGCCAAGGACUUCAUCCGCCAGUUAAUGUGUGUUGAUGUUGAAAAGAGGUACACCUGUAAGCAGUCUCUAGGACAUCCAUGGAUUUCUGGAAAUGCAGCCAGUGACAAGAAUAUCCAUAGCUCUGUGUCUGAGCAGCUGAAGAAGAACUUCGCAAAAAGUCGAUGGAGGCAACUAAUGCAUGCAAUCGUGAUGGUUCACAAGAUGCAGCGACUGGCCCUAUCCUCCACGAACAUGGAGGUGGACACUCCCCCCGCCUGUCCUCCAAUUACGGAGGAGGCAGAGGCAAGGGAGGAUGAGGGGGAGGAGGAGGAGGAAGGGGUUCACCCAGCAAGCCUACCAUGCAACAGCCGUGAUCCGCCAAAUGAGGCUGCUGGCACUAAGCACACAGCGUGAGAAGAAACUGAGUGAGUCCAGUGACACGAAUGCAAACACCACCACUACUUCAGCGCCGCCAGCCAGUAAAUCACCUAGAGAAAAUGCCCACUAGUUAAUCUGUGACUCAAUAUUAUGUUUUUAAAGACAAAUGACAGAUUUGGCUCUCCUUAUUUCCUGUCUGCAUUUCAAAAAGGCAAUACUCUACAAUGCAAUAGGAUAAUUUGCCUUUUGAAAAUGCACGCAUUACUCUAUGGAGAAAGUCAGAUCUUUGGUUUAGGUUCCUGUGGUUCCUUGGUUUACAUAAAAGUUUUAAAUGUGGCUCGGCAAGUAGCCUGUAUGGAAGGCUUUGGCGUCUUCUACUUAUUUGUGAUUGAGUCUAGAAUCAUAGUUAUUUUUGUAUGAUACUUGGAGAUAUUUUUCACUUGCAGUCUUUGGUAGUACUCCAAUUUGCCAAAACGAUAAACUGUCUUCUAGAAAGUACACCAUAAAAGAAACACUGAAAUUGCAUAGUUUUACAGUCCAGUGCUCAGUAUAUCAGACUUACUGGGUUGAAAAUGAUUUUAGCCAUUUAGCAAAGUGUAUUUAGUGCCAUUUUCAAAAUUAGAAAGUUCAUAGAGUGUAUUUAUAAAAUGUAUGGCACUUGUUGAAUGUGACUGCUUUAAUCUUCUAGCUGUUUAUAAACUUCAAUGCGUCUUAAUACUCUUGUGUUUGGUGCAUUGACAGACUAUAAUACAUACCAAAACUAUCCUAGACUGUCAUAUUUAAAAUAAGUUAUUUUUUACCCAUAUUUAGGGUAGGGGCUCAUAAAUAGCCAAUGCUCUAUCAAUUUUACUCCUUUUUGGAGUCCACAGUUGAUGCUUGUGAAAAGCAUAUGGAAUCUAUUGUUACUUUAGCUUAGAAAAUGUUGAUUUCACUCAUAAGCAUUUCAGAAUUUUAUGGUGUUGGAAAAUCACUUCUGUCCAUCUAAGGACCUAUUGUCUUUCAUGUUAUACACAAUUUUUCAAAACUGUCUGGGAAAGUGCAACUGCAUAUUUUUCCCUGAAAAUACAUAUUUAGCAUGAUUAUCUGUUCACUUGGGCAGUGAAGCUCUCUGUUAAUCAAAUUUUGUAUUUGUGCUGUUGCCUCUAGAGAUGUAUAUUGAUCAGAACCAGUCUUGCUGAGGCUUAGUGGUCUAAUAGCAAGCAUGUGUUUUGAUCUACGCAACAAUUUGUAAAUUUCCAAGUGCAAUUUUUGACCAGUAAGUAUCAGUGUUCUUUUUAUUUUCUGUUGGAUAUUCAUUCAAGAAGUUGACAAUUCUUGAUGUUUUUUGUAGUAGGUCCCUGGCCUGAAUAUCAUGGGUCAUGUAAGGAUUAGUAAAAAUAUUAGAUACUUUUAAAGUUAAGCAUCAGCUGUAGGUGCAUCAUAUGCUGUGGUUUCCAAAAGUAACCCACUGUACUUUUUACUAUCCUUUGAUAUUGACUGUGUUUAUCAGGGCUAAUGUCUCAUGCACACAAUGGUAGCACAAAAGUUCCAUCAGUCAGCUAAAGUUCUUAUCAAGCUUGCUUUUUAUUUUUGUUUCAUACUAUGAAAUGUUUUCUUAGGGUGUAUGUGAAUGACUUUUUCAUAGAUGUUUUAUUUCUAAAUAUUGUUUAAAUUUCAUUUAGCUUGUCGAUAGAUAUGUAACUGAUUUAUAUGUUGAGAUACUAUUCAGCUCUGCAUGAUAUUAUAUUAUUUUGAAUAUGCUUUGUACUUGGUUUAGGCUUUUAGCAGACUGAAAUGGAAGUUUAUGUAGAAAUCACAAAAUGAAUGUGUAUUCCUGUUUUUAAAAAUUUGCCUCUAUUAGAAACCUUAUUAGAAAGUAGACUAAGCUAUUUGUAGCUUAUAGAAUUUUUAAAAUCUUGCAUCUGUAGAGACUAGAUUACAAGAAAUUAGUACUGACUUGCAUGACAUCACAGAAAACAUUAAACAUUUUGAACGGGUUUGGUGGUGGUUAUAUAAGCUAUGUUCAGCACUUACGAGUCAUGGUGGUCUAUUAAGGGGUCAUUAGUAUCAAGAAUUAUUUACCAGUUGAAUAGACUGAUUAUAAACUACAACCAUGCACCUAAAAAUCCUGUAGCUUUGCUUACUUGUGUGGUGUCUGUGUUAUUGGUUGAAUUAAAUGAUAUGCAUUUAUCAUGGUAGAGGGCAAUAUGCUAAACAGUUGGGCGUUAUUCCCUUGAGGAGACUACCAGAAGUGACUUGAAACUUUGUACGUGACUUUAACUUAGUUGGGUAUGAUUUUUGAUAGUGGAAUUAUUUCCCAAAAUAUGUAUUACUUUUAAAUCCAUUAUAUUUGAUAUUUCAAGAAUAAGUUAUUAUAGGUUUUUACAGAAAGCUUAAAAUUGCCAAGUGCAGAUGAAUUGUUUUCAUUUGUAAUAACAGUCUUUGGCAGUGGCUGCAUCAGUAGCUUGUACAGUGGCAGCCAUCAAUCAGUAGUUUAAAUUAUCACUAUCACUGAUAUCUUAUUAUGUUUCUCAUUGUUUUUACAGAAGAGGAAUUAUUCAUAUAUAAGGUUAUAUAUGGAAUAUAGAUUUUAUUAACCUCAUUUUGUGUCAGGUUUUUUGGUGUUUUUUCUCAAUAAAUGUCUCAUCAUUAAGGUUGCUAUUCUCACUGAGUCAAUCAGCUCAGUAAAUUGCUACAUAUUCUUGCCCCUCUGCCUUGGAAGUACCAGCUGAUGAUGUUAUUUUCCAAUGACAUCUCCUGUCAAAAUAUUACCUCUCUCUGAAUUGAUGAUUUAAUUCUAAUUUGCUUUUCUCUGAGUACACUGAAUAUAGUCUAUAAGAAUUCCAUAAGUGAAUCAUAGGGCUGUGUGCACAGGUAUGCAACACAGUGCUAAGAAGAUAUUCACCUGCAUGACUCUGCCUUACUUGAAAGGUUAAAACAGUUGGGGUCUCACACAGGCUGGUGCUCUGAAGUUAAUACUUUUCCUAUAUUAUGUAUUGCCAAAGUAAAAUAGAGAAUGGUGGAAAUACCUAAUAUAGAAAUGUAUCUUCAGAGAACAGUGCGUUGUCCUUAUUUAGAGAAGAGUUAAUAGUCCUAAUUUAGGUGACUUUUCCUUUGCAAGGAAAAUGUCAUAGGUUUUUGAUGUUAUAAACUUUUGGUAUAUUUUCAUUGCAAAUAUGCAACAUGAAACAUUUAUUAUACAUUACAUCAACUUGCAUGUAAAUAACACAGAUAUGCUAUAUAAGCUUGUACUACACUGGUGAAUAUAGUACUUUGCCAGACACAUAGAUUAUCAGUUUGAAUUCUUUAAGGUCAUGUGAAGUUCAGUAAACACUAUGUUGUGAAUUAGACCUAUGGUAAUUGCUACAUUUUCAUAUACAAAUGAGAAAAAAUCUGCCAUUUAUCAUUUCUGAUUAUGUACUGUACAUGGUUUACAGAGUUGGUAAUGACACUGCAGACUUUGGUUCAUUUGUUUAACAUAAAAUACAAUGACCAACUAUUUUCCUCCGAGCC